CCCCAAGUGUCAAAACACUCGACCAGAGAAAGAAAAUUUCCAAAAUAAAUCCCUCCGCCCUUUUUUUAAAAACGGUAUCAAAACCACCGGAGAAAAACCAAAAAAGCCCCAAAACCAAGUGCUCGAUCUCAUAAACUCCCAUUGUAGUGUGUGUAGUUGGUGUAGUUGCAGUUUGUUGGACGGCCAUUUUUACCACACGAUGCGGCAACCGUGCGUGCCCGUUCGAUCCGCCAUUCCAAACAAUCGGUGUACGUGCCCUCUACUCGUUAAAAAAUUUUACAUCAACAACAAUUGUUGGAAAAACUUAGUGGGCCCCCCCUCGACGUGAAAAUAUAACAGGCCCACAACAGCCACCCAUCCCCUGGGUAAAAAUCGAUAGACCCGUGAAAAAAGAAUAAGUGGUAAAAAUUGACAGUUGGAUUCUGCCCUGGACCCUGGGGUCACAGCACGUCUCCAGAAGGAGAAAAAAAAAGAAAAGAGAGAAGAGAGAAAGGAAAAAUCAGUGAGUGAUAAGUCAAGGGGUUGGUGAUGGAUUCAGUGGUGGGAUAGGGGUGAAUUGAGGUAUUUUAUUUUGUGAUGAGAGGAGUGGAUGGAGGAUGGGACAAAAUGGAGCGUUGGGAACGGUGAGCCAUCGUCAAGGUGCGUACGUGCGUACAAUACGUAUGCACGUACGUACAGAGGCCUGAAUCGCGCGUACUCUAGGCCCUCGUAUCGAGGAGAAGACGCGUGAAUUAACUCCAGGGAUUCAUGAAUUUUUAGUCAAUUUUUACUGAUCAAUUUUGUGAUUUUUCAUUGUGAUUUUUUGGCCAUUUUCUUUCCCUUUUUUUUAUCGUUUCUGUGGUUUUUUCGCUCGGCUGAGGUGGUGAGAAAAGGUAGAACGCGUUUUAUCGGGCGAUCGAUGAGGCAAACUCGGGGGUUUUGUGGUGAUUGCACUGGGGAAAGUGAUAUUUACGAAUAUUUCGGGGUAGUUUUUGGGGUGUGUUUUAUUUUGGGGAGUGUUGGGCCUCAGGAAUAUGCUGAUGCAGAGGAUUUGUUUGGGUGUUUGUGGAUUGUUGGGAGAUCGAUGUGACUGGUGACGAGAGUUGAAUCUCGGGGGUAUUGGGUACCUGGACAAUGGAGAUCGAGGUUAAACAGAGGAAUAGCCAGAGGAACAGGCGGCGCGAGAGGGCACAGAGGAUUCUCGCGCAGAGGGAGAGUUUGGCUAGUGCUAAGGGAAAUUGUAAUCAUUCUCAUCAGGUGGGUCGGGGGCCAGGGGAUGAUGAGGAUAGUCACAGUGGUGAGGAGGAGGAGCAGUUGGGGCUGUCCAGGGCUAGCAGGGAGGGACAGAGGCCUGCUAGGCCACCUAGACCUCACAGGCCCAGGAAGAAGGCCACCAUUGCUGGCGGUGGCAAGGAACCACCUUUCGAGGAGGACAUCAUCGAUGGAUUCGCCAUUCUUGCGUUUCGGAGUUAUGAGGACCUCGAGAGUGCAAUAAAAUUAGCUGGUAAAAAUAAUCUGAAGAAGCUCCACUCGCUUCUGACAAUAGAGGAAAAACCAAAAGUGGAUACCGGCCAGAACAAUCGUCACAACGAUCAUCAUAUUAAGAAUCAUUUCAAACACAACCAUUACACCCAUAAUUCCAUACUGACACCCUCUACGCUCAAUCAGGGCCUCGAUGCAGGAACGAGUGACGACAGCGGGAGAGCGUCGGAACAAUUGCAUGGCCCUGGCAUCCCUCGGGACAGCCAGGACGCGGAUAGUUCCAGGGACCACCUUAGUGAUGCCAGCAGCCACUGCAGCUCGGGCAAAGGUUAUAUCUGUGAUAGUGAAGGGGAAGACGAUAAGGGCUCAGAUGCAGAAUCGAUUCUCUUUGAAUCUUCUACCCCACCUCUUCCACGUAAAUACGAGUUGCCAUCAUCGUCGCCACACGUAUUACCACCGGCAAAUGGUGCUGGUGGAACGCCUCCGGAUACUGGGGGACAAAUUUCAAAUCCAGCAACGGAUGCACCAGCACCAAUACCCCCACCUGUGCCUGCCUCAGCACCAGUACCAACGGCGCCGAGUCCACCAAGUCCCACAUUGCCACCACACAUAUCCCAACCACCCAUGACUAGUCCGCUAGCAGCGAAUCCCCGUGCAAUAGCUCCCCAGCAGCGUCCAACAUCACCAGCCCAUCCACCGCCAUCACUGCCCCAGCAGCCACACACGACAAUACCAGCUCUACAUCCACCAAAUGUACCUCUGGUAUCGUCGAGUCACAAUACAACUAGUCCAGCUGUUGCCAGUCUCGGUGUAACACCAGCAGCUCCAUCGAAUGGGGCUGCUACCACCAGCUAUCCACCCUCAUUGCCAAUGGCUGCUUAUCCACAGACUCAGCCCUCUUAUCCACCUCUUUAUACACCUUACGCCUCACUGAAUCACAGCCCGUACUUGUCACCUGCUGUACCAUCACCAUCACAUUCUGCCUCGUCAAGAGCUGAUGUUAGGAGCAGUAGGGCCUCACCCCACACAAACAGCAUAGCAAAACCCCCAUUAGGGAACAACGUAACGAAUCACAACAGUUCAACUCCCCUCUCAGCAGCGACAACAACGUGCGUGUCAACGAUAACAAAUACAGUUACCACAGCUAAUACAAUAGCACACCGGGACAUUGUCACGUGUAGUCUUGCUGGACGUAUUAACAAUAAUAAUUCACCAAGGGGCCACAGUCCUAAUCGCGAGCGUGACAGUUACAGCAGUAACGUGAGCACGUUGAGCAGAGGGAGUAUAACGCCAGUCAGUGUGCCAAACACAUCAUCCCCAGCCAAUUCUAGUCUACCCGCUUAUUCAAAGGCUCCAGGAUGGAUCAGUAGUAGCACGAGCUCUCAAUUGUCACCAGCAACUGGUACAUCAGUGCCAAGGCCAACGCCCCCACCUCCCUCGACAGCCCUUGGAAUGCACAAUUUCCCACCACCAAUGUUCGCAGCUCCUUUACCACCCCCAGUAUCAAGUUCCAGUCCUCACACUUCGUUGCCUUCAUUACCACCACCCACCACCAACCCCAAUCCCUUCUCGGCGGAGUCUCUCUUCCAAACAAGGGUGACCCAUGUCACAGGUCAAACAGACCUCUUGAGACGAGAGUUGGACAAUAGGUUCCUCGCCUCAUCGCAGGACAGAAACGUCGCAGUGAGUAAUCUGGGGCCUCCACCGUAUUUGAGAACAGAGAUGCAUCAUCAUCAGCAUCAGCACACCCAUGUGCAUCAGCAUACGACACCCCUGUUGCCUCCCCCAGCUGCGACGACGUUGUUUCCACCCCCGAUCUUUAAGGACAUUCCAAAGCUGGGAAGUGUUGAUUCACCAUUUUUUCGUGGCAAUCUCAACCUCUCGAGUUAUCCAGGAUUCAAUGCUGGCCUCUUGCAUCCUGGAAUGGGUCCAUCCACACCGUUUGUACCGCCUAAUCACUUGACAUCAUUUGCACCAAAAAAGACUGGAAAGUGGAACGCUAUGCAUGUGAGAAUAGCCUGGGAGAUUUAUCAUCACCAGCAGAAGCAACAGGCAGAGGCGAAAGCUGGUGGAGUGGUACCCACCAAGACAGAACUCCUCAGGCCACCAGGGCAUCUUUAUCCAGGGGGCCCACCUGGGGGCCUGGGCCUGGGUGGACCCUCACUGGCACCACCAUUUCCCUCCAAUAUGCCUCCUAAUCAUCCUGGGGCACCACCACCUCCUCAUCCUGUUGGAUUUCUAUCGACAUCUGCGUCGCAUCUCGGAACUGGAAUGUCACCUUUUGGCAGAUAUCCGGCAUCGUAUGGGGGUGGUAAUCCCAAUUUUCCCACGUUGUCAGCAUUUCCACCGACGAGAGAGAUGCCACAGUUGAGUGGACUUACGUCAGCUGUUCAUGAUCCCUGGAGAGGCCUGCAACGAGCAACACCAGGAUUUCCCCCGACGACAGUCUCGUGGACAUUGAAACCGGAGCCUCCGCCGAUUGAUCGUCGAGCUGAGCUGGAGGAGCGGGAGAGGGAGCGAGAGCGUCAGCGGCGAGAGCGAGAGGAGCUGGAGCGACAGCGUCGUGAGCGUGAGCGUGAGCGCGAGGAGCACGAGCGUCAGCGACGUGAGCGCGAGGAGUUGGAGCGACAGAGGCGUGAGCGUGAGCGUGAGGAGCAGAGGGAGCGAGAGCGUCGUGAGCGCGAGAAGGAGGAGAAAAGGAAGCAGCAGGAGGCAGCGGAGAGAGAGCGCGAGAGGCGCGACAAGGAGAGAAGGGAGUUGGAGAGACGUGAGAUGGAGAGGGAGAGGCUGAUGCAUCAGAAUCGUCAGCACGCGCUGAUGGGACGUGAGAGAUCACCUUUGAGAAAUGGCACGAUGGAUCCCAGUGAGGUGAGGGUCAAGGAGGAGCCGAGGAGCAAAGACGACGACGUUGUUAUGCUAUCGAGGGGCCCAACAGUGGGUCCUGGUAUUGGUCAGGGUCCAAGCCCCAUUCCAGAUCUCAGGUAUCAUCAUCCUCAUCAUGCCUAUUUGGCGAGGCAUCCCCACAACAUGCCUCACAGCAUAUCCAGAAGUAUGAUGCCCCUGGGUCAUCCCAUGCAGCACUUUCAACCACCACCUCCACCUCCACCUGCCACAGCACCUGGACAACCACCUGGACCGUGGACACCUGAUCCGUUCAGGGAUCCAUACAGGUAUGAUGCACUACAGCAGCUCAGGUACAAUCCACUUAUGGCGGCUGCUGCAUUCAGGGCUGAAGAGGAGGAGAGGGCGAAAAUUUAUGCCGGAUACAAUCAGAAUGUCGCUGCACUGAGGGCUAAGGAUCCAAGCCCUGGUCCACUCAGUAAUCUUCAUAUGCAUCAUCGGGCUGGACCUGGACCUGGUAAUCCACCCAGGCAGGUCGAUGGAAUUAUUCAUGGGGAUUUGCAUAAGAAGGAGGACUCCUCGCAGUCACGAUGAUAGGGGAGUUUUGAGGGAGGGAAUUUAAAAAGUCAAUUUCUCACGGACUAUCGAUGAAAUUUUUUUUCUUUUCUUUGGGGAUUUCCAUGGGCUUAAGAGAUGCGGGAUCGAUUUUUGGUGAGUGUUUUGGAAUUUUUGAGAAUUACCGGGUUUUUUGGAAAUUGCUUUAGAUUUUUUUCCAGACAAUUCCAAAAUACGCGGCAUUAAUUGAUUUGAUAUUUUGAAAAAAAUUUUGGGGAUGGGGAAAAAUCUGGGGUUCGAUUACGGAGAAAUUUCGAACUUUUUACGUUCCACAGAAUCAAAACUAGUUUAAAAAGAAUUUGUAAAUAUUGAGGACAGAGGAGGUCUUUCUGUAUGAGGAUUAAAUGCAAUGAGUUGUUUUGAGGAGUUUCUCGAGGGUGGAUUCGAUAUCCUGGGGAUCUGACUGUCUAUAGAACUAUAUUAUAUAUACGAUUUAUUAUUACGGUUAUUAAGUAACGAGUAACGUUAAUAUCGUGUGUAAUAUUACGGAUUACUGUAGGGACAGAUGAGAGAUGGAAUACGUAAGUCGAAUUGUUUUUUAUCUCAUUUUUGAGAGAGUGAAUGACAGAUCGAGUUGCAUUGGAGAAUGAUGGAGGAAUUUUUCGAGAAUGACCGCAAAUUAUUUAAUUAUUUAUUUAUUGUCGAAAUGUAGGUGAAUCUCUGUUGGCGUCGAAGGUUCAGACUAAUUUAACUGAUGUAAUAUAGGGAGGAAGUUAUCGAUUUUAAUUUUCUUUUAACGAUUUUAAUAGGUUUUUUUUUCGGGUUUCUCUCUUGGCUGAGUGAAUGUGGGGAGUUUUCCGUUUUUUAGGGAUUCAAUUCUUUAGGUUUUUAGUUCACUGGGGACACUAGAAUUUUUCCUGUGAUAAAACAUUCUCGAGAUAAUUCGGGGAUUGAGGGGAUUUUCUCUUUAGUUGAGAUUUUAGAAUUUUUAACACAUUUUUUAUUCAAAAAAUACUCAAUUCCUCCUACGAAAAAAUAAGUUUUGAUUGUUAUUAAAACUCCUAAUCUCCUCAAUUUCCCUAAAUUUAAUUAAUUUAUUAAUUAAAGCAAAUCGUGUCCCCAUUAAUCUCUUCCUUCAGAAAAGAAAAAUUGGUUUCAA